UUCUCUGUGAAAACUGUCAAGCGAAAGUCUCGAGGAUAAUAGUCACGACCGAAAAAGUGUCUACGUCUAUAUCGCCUCACGAAGAAAAAUUCCAGUGAUAAUUGGCAUGAAAGACGCGCCGACAUUGGACAAAAUUAUAACGUUUUUGCGGGUGCAUCUUAAGUUUGCCUGUUGUUGGCCACUAUCGCGAACUGCCACGAGCUUCCAGGUCACUCUCGACAGGAUAUUUCGAUUUUUGUCAGUGGUGAACGGCGUGCUCGUGGUCGUCGAAUUGACAUAUUCGAUUAGUAACCAUCUCGACGAUGUCUUCCUGAUCAUGCAAUUGGCUUGUGCGCUGGGUAUCUUUUGCGAGGUACCGCUGCAGACAUGUCUGUUUACACAGAAAUACGAUCGUUUGCAAAAUGUUAUUUGCGAGAUGGAAGAGUACUAUGAACGAACGACUGUCGAGGAGAGAGACGUGAUCCAACAAUAUUGCAAUAAAUACACGUCCUUCUAUGGUAUUACGUUGGCUCUCACUACUGCGUCUUUAGUUGGUUCACUCGUGGUGCCGCUCAUGCGAUCCCAUACGUUCCCACUGGAAAUAGAAUAUCCGUUUCGUGUUGAUUAUCAACCGAUGACGGCGAUCAUUUAUUUCCACCAAGCGCUCGGGAUGUAUCAGGUUUAUUGCCAAGUAUGUUCUAACGUUUUCCUCGCACUUCUGCUGUGGUUCACGACAGCACGUUUUGAGAUCUUGUCCAAUAAAUUUCGCACAGCUGCGGAUUAUGCCGAGUGUAAAGCAUACAUACAGAAGCACCAAGAUAUCUUAAGAUAUGCGAGGGAAGUGACCAAUUCUAUAGCACAUGUGGUGUUGUCAUCGUUAGGUGUUAGCACCGCAGCUUUAGUAUUCGGUGGCGUUACGUUUCUCAGUCGACUUCCGCCAUCCAUCAAAAUUCAGUAUAUAAUCGUGUGUUCUUCGUCGUUGACGAAGGUACUUUUGUGCACUUGGCCGGCUGAUCACUUGAUGAGGACGAGUGCCAACAUCGCCGAAUCUGCGUACAAUUCUUUAUGGUAUAACCAGGGUAUUGAUACACGAAAGAUUAUACUGUAUACGUUGCUUCGAUGCCAACAACCUAUUGUUAUAUCCGUCCCCGGUCUAUUGAAGGCUCUGACCUUUCAACAUUAUGCUUCGUAUAUUUCAACCGCAUUCUCUUACUUAACGACGUUCCGAAUUAUUCUUUCCGAGGAUGAAGAAUGAUCCAAAGAGCAAUAAACCGCUAUUUCUUGACAUGGGACAAGUUUAAUCUAUGUAGCAAAAUAGUAUAGAUGAAUAUACUAAUUGCCCAAAAUGAAAAAAAAAAUUUGAUCG